GUCUGUGGAGGCAGUUCCGGUGUGGUGCGCUGCGUUCCCGGGCCGGACCGCCCGGCUGUUUUUUUUCCUCGCUGGAGUUUUAGGCAGGAGGUGAACAUGUCCGGUCGCGGAAAGCAGGGCGGCAAAGUGCGGGCGAAGGCCAAGUCCCGGUCCUCCCGCGCGGGCCUGCAGUUCCCGGUGGGCCGAGUGCACAGACUGCUACGCAAAGGGAACUACGCGGAGCGAGUGGGCGCCGGGGCGCCGGUGUACCUGGCGGCGGUGCUUGAGUACCUGACGGCGGAGAUCCUGGAGCUGGCCGGCAACGCCGCUCGUGACAACAAGAAGACGAGGAUAAUCCCUCGCCACCUGCAGCUCGCCAUCCGCAACGACGAGGAGCUAAACAAGCUGCUGGGAAAAGUGACCAUCGCUCAGGGAGGCGUCCUGCCCAACAUCCAGGCCGUGCUGCUGCCCAAGAAGACGGAGAGUCAGAAGGCGAAGAGCAAGUGACCCUGACGCCGCCACAGGGAGCCGGCUUCCCCAGCAAGGGCUCUCUUCCUAGCCGUCCCGCAGUGGUUUUUGAAUGUGCCAGAUGUCAUGGAGGGCCCGUCCGAUCUAGCGGGGAGGCGGGCGGCCAGGGGCCCUCCGGGGUCUGGAGCCAAUAAAGUUGGGUGAAAAUUGUG